AGCAAAGCACCCGCGGGAGGCUCUCUCUCUCUCUCUCUCUCUCUCUCUCUCUCUCUCUCUCUUUCUCAUUAUCCCUUUUUUUCCUAGGCAGCUGGACAGGCAGCACAUUAAUAGAUUACAUUCAGGACUUGGGACUGUGAACAGCAACCGCGGAAGGUCCUUCUUCAAGCAGAAGAACCUUUCCUCACAUUUUGGCCUCACCUUGACAGUUGCACAAAGUCUGGAAUCUUCAUUUAUGCUUGACCCCCUUCUCUGCGCCCGUUCCUGAGAAGCCCACCUAGAAGACCCCUCAAUGGACGAAUGGGACCCCCCGCAGUGGAAGAAGGAGGUGGAGAGCCUCAAGUACCAGCUGGCCUACAAGCGGGAGAUGUCCUCCAAGACCAUCCCCGAGCUCCUGAAAUGGAUAGAAGACGGGAUCCCGGAGGACCCUUUUCUGAACCCGGAGCUGAUGAAGAACAACCCCUGGGUGGAGAAGGGCAAGUGCGCCAUCCUCUAGCCCAUCGUCCACGGCUUCUUUCAAAGCGAAUGCGGACACAUGGCAUCCCAGGAUUUCGGCUGGCUCUCCAUUGAGAACAACAUGUAAAAAAAUCGGUCGCUAAAUGGUCUAGUUUCUAGAGCAGAAUGGUUUAUUAUGGGAUCUUUAUGGGAUAUUUUGCAAAUGCCAGCACUGGAAAAAUUCCCCGCGUAUAUAUAUAUAAAUAUAUAUAUAUAUAUAUAUUUGUCUGUAUAUCUGCUUUAUGAACAAGACCUGCAUUUGGGUGCUUUGUGAUUAUUUCAAGGCAGAUGCUUUUCUAUCCAUCAGUCCUUUUUUUGUGUUGUCGAAGGCUUUCAUGGCCGGAAUCACUGGGUUGUUGUGAGUUUUCCGGGCUGUAUGGCCAUGCUCCAGAAGCAUUCCCUCCUGACGUUUUGCCCACAUCUAUGGCAGGCAUCCUCAGAGGUUGUGAGGUCCGUUGGAAACUAGUAAUGAUGAUGAUGACAAUGUAUCUCCCAAAAGAGACUCAAAGUAGACUAAUCCUGAGCUUAUGGCUGCUGCAUAUAACAUUCCAAAAUAAUAUUCCAAAAUAUUAUUAUUAUUAAUAAUAAUGAUGAUGAUGGUGUAUCUCCAAAGGAAACUCAAAGUAGACUAAUCCUGAACUUAUAAUGGCUUCAUUUAAUAUUCCAUAUUAUUAUUAUUAAUAAUAAUAAUAAUAAUGUAUCUACAAAAGGAGACUCAAAGCAGACUAAUCCUGAGCUUAUAGUGGCUUCAUUUACUAUUCCAAAAUAAUAAUAUUAAUAAUAAUGUAUCUCCCAAAGGAGACUCAAAGCAGACUAAUCCUGAGCUUAUAGUGGCUUCAUUUACUAUUCCAAAAUAUUAUUAUUAUUAUUAUUAUUAUUAUUAUUAUUAUUAUUAUUAUUAAUAAUAAUAAUAAUGUAUCUUCCAAAGGAGACUCAAAGCAGACUAAUCCUGAGCUUAUAGUAGCUUCAUUUACUAUUCCAAAAUAUUAUUAUUAUUAUUAUUAAUAAUAAUAAUAUUAAUAAUGUAUCUUCCAAAGGAGACUCAAAGCAGACUAAUCCUAAGCUUAUAGUGGCUUCAUUUAAUAUUCCAAAAUAAUAAUAAUAAUAAUAAUAAUAAUAAUAAUAAUAAUAAUAAUAAUAAUGGAUCUCCCAAAGGUGACUCAAAGCCGACUAAUAUUGAACCUAUGGCUGCUGCAUUUAACAUUCAAUAAUAAUAAUAAUAAUAAUAAUAAUAAUAAUAAUAAUAAUAAUAAUAACAAUCACAGUCCUAGACACUUGGGAAGUGUUCGACUUGUGAUUUUAUGAUAUGAAAUCCAGCAUAUCUAUCUUGUUUGCUGUGUCAUAAUAAAAUAAUAAUAAUAAUAAUAAUAAUACAUCUCCCAAAGAGGACUCUAAGCAGACUAAUACUAAAAACCAUGCAAUGGGUAGUUUCCAACAGACCCCACAACCUCUGAGGAUGCCUGCCAUAGAUGUGGGCGAAAGGUCAGAAGAGAAUGCUACUGGGACAUGGCCAUACAGCCCGGAAAACUCACAGCAAUCCAGUGAUUCCGGCCAUGAAAACCUUUGAAAAAACACAUCUUUUCUUUCUUUCCUUUCUAUCCUUCUUGCUUUCUAAUUCUUUCAUUUUCUUGACUUGUAAAGGAACAUGCAUGUUUUAUAAACUACACUUUAUCGAUUGUUUUAAAUACUUGGGCUUGUUUGCUUUUUUGUAUCAGUUUUGUAGUUGAAACAAAACAAAACAAAAGGGACUGAAGCCAUGCAAAACGUGACGGGUGCAAUAAAGAACAGCAGCGCUG